CACCCGAACAAUCUGUUAGCGAGUGGUUUGGGCAGUGGGAAGAAGAUGGCAAAUAUCCCCCUUGUAUUCUUCAUCUGGCUUCUGGGAGCUUGUCUUGUGGCAGCCGAAAGUACAGUCUUCAUCGAGAACAAAGAGGCAAACUCGGUUCUGCAGAGGCAAAGAAGAGCCAAUUCAAACAGAUUGGAAGAGGUUAUUCCUGGGAACCUCGAGAGAGAAUGCAUAGAAGAAAAAUGCAGUUUUGAAGAAGCCCGGGAAGUGUUUGAAAACACAGAGAAAACUAUGGAGUUUUGGAAAACAUACAUUGAUGGAGAUCAGUGCGACCCCAACCCAUGCAAAAAUGGAGCUGUUUGCAAGGAUGCAGUAAGUUCCUACGUGUGCUGGUGCCCAGCUGGAUAUGAAGGCAGAAACUGUGAGAUAGACUUCACUUGUGCUAUUAAAAAUGGAGGCUGCAAGCACUUCUGCAGGCACGACCCACCACAGAAGGUUGUGUGCUCCUGUGCUGCUGGCUACAGACUUCAUGAAGAUGGAAAGUCCUGUGAACCUACAGUGCCGUAUCCCUGUGGGAAGAUCACGGCUCCCGAAGCAAAGAGCAAGCUCACCCGAGCCAUAAACACCUUUGAGCACUGGAACAUCACCAAUGAUGAGCAUGAUGAUGCUCCUGACGAGGGGCUCGACAACACAACGGAAACCAGCACUGCCACCACCACGAAAAUCACACCCAUAGUCAAAACAGGCACCCGGGUUGUUGGUGGGUCUGACAGCAUGAGAGGAGAGGUGCCCUGGCAGGUUUAUCUGGUGGACAGUGAAGACGUGGGCUUCUGUGGUGGAUCCAUCAUCAACGAGAAAUGGGUGGUGACAGCGGCGCAUUGCCUGAAGCCAGGGGACAAUGUCACUGUUGUGGCAGGUGAAUACAACACCAAAGAGGACGACCACACAGAGCAGCGGCGCCAAGUGGUGAAGAUCCUCCCGCACCCCACGUACGACGCCAAGAUCAACAAGCACCACAACGAUAUCGCCCUCCUGGAGCUGGACCAGCCGCUCGUCUUCACCAGCUACGUGACGCCCAUCUGCCUGGGCAGCCGGGAGUUCACCAACGCGCUGCUGAAGCACGGCAUGGGCACGGUGAGCGGCUGGGGCAGCACGCUCUUCCGCGGCCGCCCCGCCACCGUCCUCCAGGUCCUCAAGGUGCCCUUCGUCGACCGGCCAACCUGCCUCAAGAGCACGGCCACCACCAUCCUGCAGAACAUGUUCUGUGCCGGCUUCCCGACCGGGGGCAGCGAUACCUGCGGAGGGGACAGCGGAGGGCCCUACACCACCGAGAUCGAGGGCACCUGGUUCCUCACUGGCAUCACGAGCUGGGGCGAGGAGUGCGCCAAGCCAGGGAAAUAUGGCAUCUACACCAGGGUCUCCAAGUACGUGAAGUGGAUAAAGGAAACCACGAGGCUUACCUAAGCCACGGGAGGAUGCACAGUGCUGGGGAUGGACUGAUUACUUGGGGAGAGACCGUAGCACCGACGUGAGUGUCAGAAAUCAUUGUGUUUUAAUAAACAUCUCUGAGUGAACUAA